AUGACAACCAUCCACGACCUCACGACAGAAAUCCAACACCAAUUAGAACGGCUAUCUCAACUCACGGACGAAAUUGGGUAUUCGGAAACAGAGAAAAAAGAAAAAGCCGAUGCCGUACUCGAGUCCGUGAAGGGCUUCGUGGAAACACAAAUUGAACACGUCGUAAAAGAAAAGGAAAACAUCAUUAAGGAAGCAGAAAGCACACAAAAAUCCAUACUCUCAUUCAAGAAACUUAUGGGUGAAUUCGCGUCAAAUAAAGUCGUGUUAGACCCUUCCCUUUCUUUACAAGUCAACUUGACUCAUUUACAACAGGAAAAAAACGGAGUGGAACAGCGAUAUAACGAAAGGUUAAGUCAUGUAAAAGAACUGUACAUACAAUUAGAAGAAUACAAGACGAGCAUGCAAGAUUUUGUCAACAUAAGCAUGGAGGAACAAGUGGAUGUGUCUUCAUUAGCCGUUAAUGCCCUAGAGGAAGAAAUAGGACGUUGCGAACAAGAAUAUACGAGUAGAAAAGACAUGGUUGAAAGAGGCGUAAAACAAAUCUCUAACCUUUUCGCCAUGUUGGGCAUCGACCCCGAUACACCUCAAGACUUGGCCAUUGAACAAUACUCUCGUGAAUCCGAUCCAGAAAAGAAAUCUCAAUUAUGCCAUCAAUUCGUUUCUAAUGAGAAUUUACAAUACAUUGCCAUUCGAGCAGAACAGCUGCUAGAAAUGAAACAACACAUCGAGUCACGCAAAGAACAAAUUACAGCGAGUAUCAAACACCUUUGGCAUCGACUUAAUCUGGAGGAGGAUGAGACAUGUGAACGAUUUCUGAUGGAAAACCGAGGACUGACCCGACAAGAAUUACAAAAUUAUGAGGAUGAAUACAACCGAUUGUUAGUAUUGAAACAGGACCGUGUAGGAGAUUUUAUUCAAACGGCACGAGAAGAAUUAAAGGCACUAUGGGAUCAAUUGUAUUACAGUCAGAGCCAACGUGAGCAAUUCCAACCCGCUUUUGUCAACGAUGAUAGUUUGUUAUCCGAUGCGAUAUUGGAAGCGCAUGAAGAUGAGAUUUCAAAACUGCAAUUACAAGUAGAGGAUUCUGCGUAUAUUUUGGAACGCAUUCAAAAACACAUGAAGUUAAAGAGUGAGGUAGAGGAAUUUGAAGCCACCACGCGUGAUCCCAAUCGCUUGUUUAGUAAAGGUCAACGUGAUCCUGGUCGUUUAUUACGCGAGGAAAAAUUCAGAAAGCGCAUCUCGCGUGAAUUGCCCAAAGUCACGAAAGAAUUAGAAGGUUCCCUUUUGGAGUAUGAGGCCAUGAAGGGACAUGCUUUUUUAGUGCAUGGGAAACCUUACUUUGAUGUCAUUUAUGAACAAGAUUUGGCUUCUGACAGUGAUAAGUUGGUAAGUCAUAGUCGUAAUUUAACAAUUUCCUCUCAAGAUAAUGAAAAGCUACCGACUACUCCUCGAACCCCUAAACGCGGUAUCGAGACACGUCAACCCAUGACCAGUCCACGCGCUGCUAAAUCCGUACGACGUUUAUUCAAUACACCACAAACACAUCGAUCCAAAUCCUUUCAUUUCUCCUCCACCACCACGAAUGAACUCGCUGUGCCUACCAAAAUUGAAGUGACCGGUAGUAUUUUACAUCAAGUCAGAGCUAGUAAUUUAAAGCAUCAUCAACAAAAGGUGAUUCGAAAGGGGCAUAUCUUUGAUGAAGAAGAAGAGGAAGAAGAAGAAGAGGAAGAGGUGGAGAAUAAAGCACCACCAGUACCUGUGAAACGAAACUUGAAUAGUAGUAGAAAGCGUGUUUCGGUUGAAUCUCAAUCUGAAAGUGAUGAUGGACUUUAUUUAGGAAUAUUUGAUGAUGGACCCGAAUUAAGUGAUAUGUCAGAUCUGGAUGAUGCAUAA